AUGAAUUAUUUGUUUUUUGAGGUUCAUGACCGUGCUGCUCAGGUCCUGAGGCAGCUUCCAAAUUCUCGAAAGGUAUCAGUUUUUGAUGAUUUCUUGAAAAGGAAUUGGCGGCAGACAAUUGAGCAAAUUAAGGAUCUGUCUGAGAAAACAAUUUGCAUCGUGUUAACCACAAUAAAGAUUUUUACAGAAGGUUAUGAACGGUGGUACCCUGCCUGCAAAUGUACUAAGAAGGUUUACCCUGCUGAUGGGAUGUAUUUUUGCGAGUCAUGUAACCGCCAUGUGUUAUCCACUACUCCUAGGUUCAAACUGCAAGCCCAUGUUAUGGAUGAGAAGAACACAACGACCUUUGUAAUCUUUGAUCAGGAAGCUUCUGCUGUGCUCAAUACAUCAUGUGCUGAUUUAGUUGAUGCUUCAAGCAAGAACCCUGGAGAUUCCAUGCUCCCUCCAGAAAUCAUGACUUUGAUUGACUGGACCUUUUUGUUCAAGAUUGAAGUCGACAAUAGAGCUAACUCCCGGUUCCAACCUUCAUAUCGUAUGAAGAAAAUUUGUGUUGAUCAUGAAAUUAUUUCCAAUUUGCUUGCUGCCAACCCCCCUGCGGCGGCAGGUCCUUACCUACUACUAACUACCCCUAUUUCGAAUGAAAAUGUUGCAUCAUCUUCUUCUGAUUUGGCUACAGCUUCCUAG